AAAUGACUUCUGAGGCAAGUAACCGGCGCCGAGUUAAACUUUAUACUCUUAAUGACAACAGAGAAUGGGAUGACACAGGCACCGGACAUGUAUCUGCCCUUUAUACUGAACAGAACAAUAUGGCACUAGUUGUUAUAUCCGAGGCUGAUGGUUCCAGACUUCUUGAAUCCAAAAUUCAACCCGACACAGCCUACCAAAAACAACAAGCGACCUUGAUUGUUUGGUCUGAAUCGGAAAACCUUGAUUUGGCACUUUCAUUUCAAGAAAAAGUUGGGUGUGACGAUAUAUGGGAAAAGAUCUGCAAUGUUCAAGGAAAAGAUCCCACUGUCCUCCUCACACAAGAUGUGAUUGACGAUUCGGAUAAUGCUGAUGACCCAGAUAGAUAUGCAUCGUCUACUUCACAACUAAAUCAGGCUAUUGAUCUUCCCACAUGCGAACUUGGACGGCUUGAGGAAAUAGUAGAAGUCAUCAGCCAAGGUGCCAAUUCUCAAAUUAAAAAAGACCGACUUGUGACUACCCUUGAACAGACUGACUACAUCAAACAAUUGACUGAACUUUUUCACAAGGCUGAAGAUUUGGAAGACAUGAAUUCUUUAUAUCAUUUAUACGAAAUCAUCAGACAAAUCAUAUUCUUCAAUAAGCAUGCUCUUUACGAUGUUAUUUUUGCUGAAGAUAAAUUGAUGGACAUAAUAGGCAUCUUGGAAUAUAGCCCAGCUGGUAGAAAAAAGCAUAGGGAGUUUAUUCGAAAUCAAGCUACUUUCAAAGAGGUCCUCCCUCUUCAUAAUCCUGAGUUAGUCAGCAAGAUUCAUCAGACAUAUCGCGUUCAGUACAUUCAGGAUUGCUGUCUGCCCCCUCCCUGUCUCUUUGAUGAGCACACUCUUUCGACUCUCAAGUCAUUCGUAUCAAUAAAUAAAAUAGAGAUUAUUAGUGCGCUACAAGAGGACGAGGGAUUUAUGUGUCGGCUCUUCACUUGCUUGAAAGAUCCAGAAACGGAU